UCAGCGCGGCGGCUGGCUGCCUCGUCUUCCCUCCCAGUGUUUUGUUGCUGUCGAGUAGGCGCCAUAUUGGCUCGAGUAAUAAACGGCAGCUGUUGUGUCUGUGGUGACUUGAGAGGGGAAAGAUGCUGUAUCUGGAGGAUUACCUGGAGAUGAUCGAGCAGCUCCCCAUGGAUCUGCGCGACAGGUUCACGGAAAUGCGGGAGAUGGACUUGCAGGUGCAGAAUGCAAUGGACCAGUUGGAGCAAAGAGUUGGGGAGUUUUUUGCUAAUGCAAAGAAAAAUAAAUCGGAAUGGAGAGAAGAACAGAUGAGUUCUAUCAAAAAAGAUUAUUUCAAAGCUUUGGAGGAUGCUGAUGAAAAAGUACAGUUAGCAAAUCAGAUUUAUGAUUUGGUAGAUCGACAUCUUAGAAAACUAGACCAAGAACUGGCUAAAUUCAAAAUGGAACUUGAAGCUGAUAAUGCAGGAAUAACAGAAGUACUAGAAAGAAGAUCUCUGGAAUUAGACACGCCAUCUCAGCCUGUUAAUAAUCACCAUGCACAUUCUCAUUCUGCAAGCGAAAAAAGGAAGCACAAUCCAUCGUCGCAUCAUUCUACUACAGACUAUGUUCCAGAGAAGAAAUUCAAGUCUGAGGCACUGCUGUCAACGCUCACUUCUGAUGCUUCUAAAGAAAACACUCCAGGUUGCAGAAAUAACAUGACUGUCUCAGCCACCACUAAUGUGUACAGUGUGAGCUCCUCUCAGCCACUUACAUCCUAUAACCUUGGCUCACUCUCGGCUGGAGCGGCAGCUGGGGCUGGAGCCGGGGCUAUAACAAUGGCAGCUGCUCAGGCAGUGCAGGUGACUGCACAGAUGAAAGAGGGUAGAAGGACCUCCAGCAUGAAAGCUAGUUAUGAAGCAUUUAAAAAUAAUGACUUCCAGCUUGGGAAAGAGUUUUUGUCUAGGGAUUCCACAAGUUAUCCCUCUUCUGCACUGGCUUCCACACUUACACAGACUUUGACUUCUACGGCCUCGACAGAUUCAAGAAGUGGACGCAAAAAUAAGAGCAACAAUAAAUCGUCAAGUCAGCAGUCAUCAUCCUCUUCAUCCUCUUCUUCUCUAUCCUCUUGCUCAUCAUCAUCAGCGUUAGCCCAUGAACUUUCUCAUCAACAGACAGCGGCUAUUCCAGAAUCUGAUUCAAAUAGCCAGGUUGAUUGGACUUAUGAUCCCAAUGAGCCCCGUUACUGCAUUUGUAAUCAGGUUUCCUAUGGUGAAAUGGUCGGCUGUGAUAACCAAGAUUGCCCCAUUGAAUGGUUCCAUUACGGAUGUGUUGGAUUAUCGGAGGCACCUAAAGGCAAAUGGUAUUGCCCACAGUGUACUGCCGCCAUGAAGAGGAGAGGAAGCCGACAUAAGUAGCAUAAUCAUUUGGACUUGAACAUGAAUAUUUAGGAUUUUUACUAAGCUGACGGUAACACAGCUCAUGUUUGCUAGUUGUAUUUUAUGGUAACUGGUGUAGUGAACAGAAUACUACUCCAGUGGCUCAGCACCUCAUGAUUUGUGUGUACUGAAUCACAUUUCUGUCCUUAAAGGAUUUCAAUAUGUCAUUUUUUUCGACUUGUGUUUACGUUUAUAUAUUCAAAGUAUCUCAUGCACGAAAUUCCAGGCUGUUGUGUAUGAAUUGUCACAGAAACUACUACAGAGUAAGAGGAUGCUGUCAUUUCUAAACUCUUUAUAACAUUUUUGUUUCCUUUUGAAACAAAUUUCAGCUGGCUGAUGAAAUGGUUGUUUUGGGCUGGCAUCCAUAAGUGUGUACAUACUUAAUGAUUUAAUCUGUCAUGUGAGAAAUAAAAUAUUUGCAAAAUUUACUACACAAACUCUAGUGUAGUUGUCAUUGCCAUUUUUAUCAGAUGUAAUUUUUUUUUUUUGGUACAUAGUAGAUACAUUGGUAAAUAAAGUAAUACAUUUUUAUUAGAAA